UGAACUUUGAGCCAGCGUCCUAUUGAAAAAAAAAAACGAACUAUAACUUGAGCACGUUUUGUUCAAAGCUCCCGUCUGUGUACCGACAGGACAGUGAAGUUACGCCGACUCAGGAGCGCCCGGCGGGAGUCUCAGGAGUCUCAGGAGCGUCCGACGGUGCUGGCCCCCAUCAUGCAUCUGAGCGCUCCGACUGGAAACGUAUCUGCGGCGGUGGACCUGACCUCGCUCCAGCCAGGUGAGCAGGGCGACCCGCUGGAUCCUUCCAUGCAGCUGCUCUGUGCGGCUCAGCUAGUGAUCUCAGCGGUUCCGUCGCUGUUUCUGGUUCGUGACAUUGAACGCUCACGUGAUCCUGGAGCUCUUGAUGAGCUGCUUCUUCUGAGGGCUUUCAUCAACGGCAUGUGCUGGCCCAUGACGAACGCCUUCAGCCUGCUGGUGGACAGCCUUCGAGGGAUGCUACCGGCGACGUGGCUGCGGCCGGUCUGUGCCAUCCACGGGCUGGUGAUAGUGAACGGGAUCGGUUUGGUGACAGCAUCGAACAGUAUCAUCAGUCUGUGUCGUCUGCUGCAGCUGACGGUCGCCCGUCGCCCGGCCGUGGCCUGGCGCAUCACGCAUCAGUUCAUCAUCUGGCAGAACCGGGUCGCAAUGCUCCUCCUGGCUGGCCUGUUCUCGUCCCUCUUCUUUGCCGACAUGCUACCAGGGGCCUACACAUUCUGGUGCACAGACACCUUGUCCUCGGAGCUGAAGGUCUGGACCAACAUACCCCUCACCAUCAACAGCGCCAUGCACUUGUGGACGUUCUUCUGCAGUCUGGUCCUGUUGCAGGUCAGCAGCGGGACACCGGACACCGGUCGGCCUCGCAACUACCUGCCGGCGUACAGCUGGGCGCAGCUCUGUCUCGUCACAGUCAUCGCCAAGACUCUGCUAGUGCCGUUCAACACCAGCAACCUGAGUCUGAAGCAGAAGUACCUCGGCAAUGUGGCGCUCUUCACCGUCAUGUCGGGGGUGCUGGACCCGUGCCUGCAGAUGCUGAUGGCCAGACGCUGGCGACAGCAGAUGAGGAGGCGGCGCCUGCAGAUCGCCCUACUGCGAGACACACCUCAGCGCGGCUUCGUCAUCCCCGUCAUCAGGCUUGAGUUGAUCUGAGGUAGUGCUGUUGUGCCUGUGUAAGAACUCGAGCGACAUCGCCUAGCCUGAGAGCUGGUUGGAGAACUCGGCUGCGUCCCUCUUUGUGGCGAUACACUAGACCGGAGAAGUGUGUUUGGGAGCAAGAAGUAAACUUCUGCAACGGGUUGUCGAAGUCCUGACUUGAAAAACACACUUCCGCAAACUUGCUGAAGUGAUCUCAAAGUGAAGAUGAAUAUAUUGAGUGCAGGCUGAGACUAGCUAAGUUGUAAGAAAAACUCGUGCUACAGCAAUGGUCGCUACGGCUACCCUUGAUGGUGCACGGACUAGAGUGGACCGAGGAAACAUGCUUAUUGUUCAUCUUUGGCUCUAAAGUCACGAAAUGCAGCACACACGACGUGUUGUGUGGAGUGUGGACUGUGAAGGGUAAAAAAUGAUGCGAUAAUGUAAUGAGUGUACCUAUCUACUGAAUAGACUACAUGUAAGAAAAUAAAAA